AUGGUCCGAUUGAAGCACCGCUACCUGCUCGUCAACAUUUUGUACCCCGACUCAGACACUCCCACCAAGGCCACGACAAGAGAUGGACAAGUCCCCGAUGUCAUAUCCUUCCGCCGUCCUUCGUCGGACAAACUCAAUGCUCAGCUGCUGGCACGUAUGAUCAGAGAUGGCGUCGCAGAGCUGUUCGGAGAUUAUGGAAGCGGCAUGAUUGCCAGCAGUCUAGUUGGUAAGUUUUGUCUCGAGCCCACACAGUAUCGAACAAUGAAGCUGACCUUUGGCANNGUGAAAUAUCUAUCUCCAGCCACUUCUACAGCCAUCAUUCGAGUUUCGCGCGCACACUAUCGUCUGGUGUGGGCCGCUCUGAGUUUCGUCACCCGGUUACCGCGACCCAUUGAUCAAGCCUGUGUUAUCCAGGUCGUCAGAGUGUCUGGAACCAUUCGCAAGGCCGAAGAGGAAGCAAUCAGAAGAGCAAAAGCUGCCAUACUACGAGCGACAGCCCAAGGAAAAGGCUCCGACUUUGCACUCGAUAAGAUGCUCGGAAGUGAAGGCGUGGGGAGCAACACAAGGGCAGGAGCCUCGAUAGGCAUCGAAAGCGAUGAUGACCAAGACGAGAUGGAUGAGGAUUGA